CAGGCAGUGGGUGUUGUAUGAGUAGAUUAUGGAUAAAGUUUUGAUAUAAUUAGGGUGUUAUCUGAUUUGCACUAACUGCAGUAGGAAACAAUUCAACUCACCCUAUGCUAAAAGGUCUAUUUUUGUAUACAGAAAUAAAAUGCAAUUCUAAAGCGCUUUCUGAUAUUUUGGUGGCAAUGUAACUGCUAAUGAAAGUAUAAUCAGACCCUUUCUUGUUUAGCACAGCUGGGUUUGACUCUUGUAGCAGAAGCCAGACCUGAAGGCAACUCCCAGAUCAGAGAGAGAAUAGAAAGAUAAAGAAAUAUUUUCAGUAACAAUUACAAACCACUGAAACGUGCAAGUGGGAAAGCUCCUCACAAUGAAAUUAUCUCUCAUUACACAAAACAGCAGUGUGUGCCAUGUAAGUGGCUGAUUGCGCACAAAUAUUCGCAGCGUUUGCGGCUGAUAAGGAGCACGUCGCGCUAAAUUGGCAUACAUUGUCCCAUUGUCCAGCGGGCAGGGGAACAAUUGCGAUGUUGCAGCAGAUUAUCGCGUCCCAUCACGGCUUAUCACAGUCACGGUGGGUGGGGGAGUCAGUAUCAGUCAUGCCCAGCAGGCCGAAUACUGACGCGCAGCAAUUAGGCCCAAUACAUGCGAGUCUGCGCUCCUUUCCAUUCACUUCAACGAGCACAAUAGCGCAAUAUCGGCGGCGCACACUGGGAGCCCACUCAUCAGCUGCAGCUGUCACUCCGGCCGCAGCCUCGGCUCCUAUUGGCUGCCUAUAAUUACAGACUGAGCCCUGAUUCGCUGCCAGUGAGCCGGAUCACGUGAUGCCAGGGGAUGACUCCGAGCAACUGGGGCUGAGGAGAUCUCAGUAGGCGCAGGACGCCGGUGGGAGAGAAGCCUGGGAGCGGCUGUGCCUCACUCCACCUCCAUUAUCCAUCUUCUCCCCCGGUGUAACCGGCCGCUCUUCGCCUCAUUCCUAUGGUCAUCUGUUCCGCUGCCUCUAGGGGCCCCAGGGAAUACGUGCAAUUGCUUUCACGGGAGGCUUCCCCCUUCUCUCCCUUGAAGAUGCCUGGAGACUUUUCUGUUUGCGUCUGCAUCAGCCCCCCACCGCAGCCCCAGUUCCAUUGCUCACCCGCUGACUCCCUCCGCCCUUGCUUGGUUCCCACUCGCCGGCCACCCGACCCACGCAAGAAGAAUGUGGUCUUUGCUGAUGCCCUUGGACUGGCUCUCACUUCUGUGCGGCACUUCACACGUGCAUUUUUUGAUGAAGAGCCGCUGGUACUUGCACUGGCUUCCCUACGAGCCCUACGCCCACUCUCCAGCCCCACUUACACCCUGGACUUCAGCCCACCAACCCAGGACUAUGGGCGCUACAGGGAACAGCUUACACGAAAGUUGGUGUGCUUGGAGCAGUGUGCUGUGCAGGGUGCAGCUGUGGCCGGCACUGUGAGGGUGCGUAACGUUGGCUAUGAAAAGCGGGUGACUUUGCGGGUAAGCUAUGAUGGGUGGUGCAAUCACUAUGAUCUGCCAUGCACUUACCUGUUUGACACUCGUAGGGGAGGGGACACGGACUCUUUUUCUUUCCGAAUGCCCCUUCCAGUGGGUACAGAGCGAGCAGAGUUCUGUAUCUGCUACUGGUGUGCAGGGGAGGAGUACUGGGACAACAAUGAUGGGAAGAAUUACUCCUUGCACAAAGAGGGGAAAGGCAAAGGGUACCUGCAGGGGCCAUACUGGUGAACGCUGUGGGCUCUGUUGAAAAGCUUGCAUCUGUUAACACUUCCAGUGCUGGCUCGCUUGAGGUCAGGUGCUUGUGUUAUUUAUCCCAGUUUAAAUGAAAUGGUAUUUGGUACAUCUGAUGCUACUAACUUGCAGGGUGACCAACUACUGCUCACAGCCCUUUGGAGGACCAUUCCAUCAUCUAGAAAGAAGCCUAGUUGCCAUGGAGUUGGUUGCACCUGAUCAUUUGUGGGAGAAGUGGGGCACCUACUGGCCUGCACGGUUGGCUACCGCUGUGCCUGAAUUGCACAAGAGUAGGGAAAAUGCAUAAUGGGGAUUGAGAGGUAGUGGCUUGUGACUAUAAAUUGUGGCAAGUCAAGUCUGAAGGAACCCUGUCAUGGCCCAACUUGUGUUCCUUCUGAAGCCUUUCCCUGCAGGUUACUCCUCUUCCCCUGGUGCCCAUCCCUAGUAACUGCUCUGCCUAUUCAGUGGGACAAAGUAAGCAAUGAUUUUAAGAUGUUUGCUUCUCCCCACUUUAAGCUCCACUUUUACCAAUGAACCAAAUAAAUAUAAUUUUUUAAAUCAAAA